GAGGGAGGGAUAGCAGGCCGGGAGAGUCAAAUGAGCUCCUGAGGUAAACAUGGCGACCAAGAAGCUGGUGACCGGUCUGACUGGUCUGGCAGUGGAUGCCCAGCCCCACCACACACUAAGUGUCCUGUAUGGCAAGAUCCUCAGGUGUCUACAGAAGAUGCCCCCAGAUGCAUCGUAUCGCAAGUACACGGAACAGACUAUCACAGAAAGAUUCAACUACGUGAAAACAGAACCUGACAGAGAAAAGUUAGAGAAAGCAUUAAAUGCAGGUCAGCUGGAAGAAGUUAUCAAACAGGCAGAAGGGGAGUUAACACUGGCACGGAAAAUGCUUGACUGGAAGCCUUGGGAGCCCCUGGUACAGGAGCCUCCUGAGGGACAGUGGAAGUGGCCAAUUUAAAAACAGGAAGGGGAUCUUGUGUCUUCUUAAUUUAUGCUUGAAUAGCUUAUCCUUGCUAAUAAAUGUAUAUAUAUACAAAUAUUUCACAGUGAAAUGUAUAUGAAAUAUAAUUAAUCAAUUAAACAAAA